UCUAUCACCUCUGGUGGUAGAACUAAGCCAUUAAUGUAGUGACAAAGUCUCAUCAUCAGUGCAUGAUAGAGCAUUAUAUAUAUCCACCUUUACGCAGUUCAUUUACUCAAACAGUGCGGUACUGCACGCCCCAAUCCCCAUAUCAGAAAUCUGUUCUUGUCCAGGUUUUUUCUUGGAGAUCAUCCGAAUAUGGGCAGCUCUUCAAGUUUCAUGAUGAUCUUAGCGCUUGUCUUAACACUUGGAAGUGUUGCUCAUGUAACUGAAGCUAGGGCUUUCUUUGUUUUUGGUGACUCUCUGGUUGAUAAUGGCAACAACAACUACCUUGCCACCACUGCCCGAGCCGACGCUCCUCCUUAUGGCAUCGAUUAUCCUACUCGUCGACCCACCGGCCGUUUCUCUAAUGGCCUCAACAUUCCUGAUCUUAUUAGUGAGGCAAUUGGUUCAGAACCCACAUUGCCAUACUUGAGUCCAGAGCUCACAGGAGAAAGGCUACUUGUCGGUGCCAACUUCGCUUCCGCUGGAAUUGGAAUACUCAAUGACACUGGAAUCCAAUUUUUAAACAUCAUCCGAAUUUACAAACAAUUGGAAUACUUCCAACAAUACCAGCAAAGGGUUAGUGCCCUUAUUGGGCCUGAGCAAACUCAAAGACUAGUGAAUCAGGCACUUGUUCUCAUGACUCUCGGAGGUAAUGACUUUGUCAACAACUACUACUUGGUGCCUUUCUCAGCCAGAUCCCGCCAGUUCUCCCUGCCGGACUACGUCGUCUAUCUCAUCUCCGAGUACCGGAAGGUUCUAUUGAGGGUAUACGAGUUGGGUGCACGCAGAGUUUUGGUGACAGGAACCGGACCUUUGGGGUGUGUUCCAGCUGAAUUAGCUAUGAGAAGCAGAAAUGGAGAAUGCUCAGUUGAAUUGCAAAGAGCAGCUGGUUUGUUCAACCCACAGCUUGUUCAAAUGAUAAAUGAAGUUAAUAAUCAGAUUGGAUCAGAUGUUUUUGUAGCUGCAAAUGCAUACCAAAUGAACAUGGACUUUAUUAGUGACCCUCAAGCAUAUGGGUUUGUUACAUCAAAGAUUGCUUGCUGUGGCCAAGGACCUUACAAUGGAAUUGGAUUAUGCACCAUUGCCUCAAACUUGUGCCCCAACAGAGACAUUUAUGCAUUUUGGGAUCCAUUCCAUCCAUCAGAAAGGGCAAACAGGAUAAUUGUUCGACAAAUCUUGAUUGGCUCCUCAAAAUAUAUGAACCCAAUGAACCUCAGCACCAUUAUGGAACUGGAUUCAAGGACCUGAAUUAGUGAUUAAAUUUCUCUACUAUUGGACAAUCUUAUAAUUCUUUGUUUGUAAGUUGGCCGUUACUAGGUCUGGUGGGUUUCUUUCUGGUCCUUUCCUAAAAAAACAAAAAAAUUAAGUGUCAAUUAAAUUUGAGUGGGUGAUUAUUAUGUGUAUCAAAUUCAUGUGUUAAUGGGUGAUGGGUAAGCAAAGCUUUGGCUACGAGACCCAUCUAUUUCUCAAUAAUUGCACACGGAAUGUAAUAGCGAUUGUUGCAAAAUAUAUGUAGCUUUCAUGGCGAGUGGACUACUUCUUUUUUUGUUUUA